AGGAAUUCUGGCAACGCCACGGCAUUUUCCAAUAAAAAAAUGGGUAGCCGUCGAGCGGGAAUCUAUCUAAUCGUGUAUACACACAUGUGCUAGAGUCUAGAGAGAUAAAAAGCUCCACAUUUGAAAACAACCAAACUCCAGAAAUGAAACGGGCUCAGAGUAGCCAAGAGUCAUCGGUUCUCCAAAAUGAAAGUGGAACCCUUGAAAUUACCAGGCAUACAGAUCGAUCUUCAGAAACCGCUGGGAUAUUGAAAAAAAUUGUACUGGAAAAUUUUCUAUGUCAUGAUCGCCUGGAAGUGAAAUUUAAUGAAAAAAUUAAUUUCAUCAUUGGAAAAAAUGGCAGUGGAAAAAGUGCAGUUCUCACAGGGAUAGUUGUUGCUCUUGGUGAAAGGGCUUCAGCCACAUGUCGUGGUCAAAGUAUUAAAGAUUUUGUAAAAACUGGCAAAUCCAAAGCUGUUGUCUCUGUUACUUUAAUAAAUAAAGGGAAGGGUUCCUACAAGCGAAACAUUUUUGGUGAUACCAUCACAAUAGAACGAACAAUCAAUGCUUCAACAGGAAGUGGAGGAUACAAAAUUUUCAACGAACAACGGAAACUCAUCAGCGACAAGCGAAGUGAUCUUAACAGAAUCCUCGCUCAAAUGAACAUUCAAGUGGACAAUCCAGUAUGUAUUUUAAACCAAGAAACAGCGAAGAACUUUCUGCACAGUAACGACGCUCAGCAAAAAUACAAGCUGUUCGAACGUGCAACACAGAUGGAUGCGAUGCGUAACGAGUAUUCAGUAGCAGAGGAUGAGAUAUCAAGAAGCAAGGCUUGCAUGAAAGAAAAGUUACAGAGUUUGGAAAUCUUAAAUGCUGAUAAGAAUAAAUGGAAGACCAAAAAGGAAUGGUAUGAUGCAAUCAAUGAAAUCCAUGACAAGAAAACAAAAUUAGAAAAUGAAAUAUUUUGGGCACAAGUUGAAGUUUUCGAGAAGAAAGCGUCUGAAGCAUUACAAAGAAAGAAUCAUCAGCAGUCAGAAAUUGAAAAGGCUCGCGUUAAAAUUCAAGAACAUGAACAACGGUUGGUUGAAUUGCAAGAAAAGUUCCAAAAUCGCAGAUCAGACGCCGUUGAAAAGAAAAAAGAGUUGCAAAUUGCUCGAGAAGAAUUCUCUGUCGUUGAUAACCAACUAACCGAAAUGAAAAAUCGGCAUGGAACGUUUCAGAAUGAUCUUAGGCAACUGGGCAAUGAAAAACAGCGUCUUAUAAAAGAUAAGGCAGAACUGAAAGCGGAAAUUGACAAAUUAAAUAGGGAGUACGGUGACAGCGAACAUGCUAAAAGAAAGGAGAGGAGAGAAGCAGAAUUGCACCAAUUAAAUGAAAAGUUGGAAAACUUGGAGUCGUCGCGAAAAGUUUCUGAACAUCAAGUCGAACAGCUAAAAAAUGCUUUGAUGCAAUUGAGAAACGAAACUUUGGCUGUGAGGAGUGAAUUGACGCGUACUCACAAUAGCUUAGAAAAUAAGAAAAAGACACUGGCUCAGCUCCAAAAAUCAGAUUCAAACUCAUGUGCAGUCUAUGGAGAUUGGGUCCCUAAAUUGCUUCAAAGAAUUGACAGAACGUCGUUUAGGGGAUCAAAGCCUAAAGGGCCAAUCGGUUCUUACAUUAAACUUCGAGAUAGAUCUUGGGCACCUGUAGUAGAGCAUUAUUUCGGGCCGAGGCUUUCCUGUUUUGUUUGCUCCAAUGAUGAAGACGCGAAGUUACUCCAGAAAAUAGUUCACGAGGAAGCGCCGCGAAACGGACAAGCUCCAAAAAUUCUUGUUUCGUGUACGAAUGGCCAGGUUCAUGACGUUAGGGAACACAAGGUUCAUUGCAGUCAGGAAUUGAUAAGCAAAGAUAUUCAUUGUUUAAUGGAUAUGUUGAUAAUUGAAGAUAACGAAGUUACGAAUGUCUUGAUAGACUUAAACGGCAUUGAACAAGUUCUCCUUAUUGGUAAUGACCGAGAUGCGUGCUAUUUAUUGUCGGAUUCCUCUCGAGUGCCUUAUAAUUGCAAAAGUGCGAUCACCAAAGAAGGAAAUACUUAUCAUCCGGAUCCAAAUUAUCGUUCUUACUGUGGAAGAGUGGGAAAUACGGCCAGAUAUCUUCAAGCCUCGGUGGAAGACGCAAUUCGGAAUUUACACGAAGAAAUUGAAAACCUCCAGCGCGAUGAAAUAAGAAUCAGCCAAAACUUGAAAAACUUCAGUAUGCAAAUUCAAAAUAAUGAAGGGCAGUUAAGAAACGAAGAAUCAAAACUCUCGUCGACACGGAGAGAAAUAUCUGAUGGUCAGAGGAAAAAAAAGACACUCGAGUUAGAAAAUGUCGAAGGCGGUUCUACGGAUGUUCUGGCUUUGGAAGAAGAUUUAGUUGAUGUUGAAAAUAAGUUGGAAAGGAUUGAUGACGAUAUCCAAACUAAGACUGAAAGUUUCGAAGAACUAAAGCGCGAGAUGCAAAAAUUACGACAAAUUGUUAACCAGCACCAGGCCACUAUUUCUUCCUUGAUGGCAGACAGCGGGCCAUUGCAGGACUCGUUUAGAUUCAUGGAAACCCAACAAAAAAACAUCAAGGAGACAAUUGAGAAGUUGUCUGCUUCACUUGCCAGUAUGCAAUCAAAGUUGGAUUCUUUUGAAGCAGAUUAUGAAGAAGCUAGGGCUAAAGCAGAAUCGGAAGCCGCUUUGGCUGCACAGGCAUCCUCCCGGGCACCAGUGACUAAAUCUUUAAAGAACCUUAAUUCAGAGUUAAGACAAUUGGAGCAGCAAAUCGUUGCACAAGAAAAGGAACUAGGAUCCCGUGACCAUGUUUUUGCAGAAUAUCGAAAGCGCAAAGCAGAUUUUGAACGAGCUUUCGAGGAAGUCACAGGAGUACAGAGUUCUUUAAAAAAAAUGAUGGACAUGAGCAAGAAGCGUAAAGAUUUCAUUAAAGGGUUUCGCAAUAGCAUCGAAUCAAGAACAUACCAUAUUUUUCGGGCUCUUCUAAGAACUCGUAACUUUGAAGGAGAACUUUCGUUCGACCACAAUGAAAAGACACUUUCGUUGAUGGUUGUUCCACCUGGUCGUGAUGGAUCCUCUCAACCUACGUCUAAACGCGGUCGUGACAGUGGUGCAACGGACAUUCGAUCCUUAAGCGGCGGAGAGCGUUCUUUUGCGACGGUCUGCUUCAUUUUGUCGUUGUGGGAUGCCACCGAAAGCCCAUUCAGAAUCCUCGAUGAGUUUGACGUAUUUAUGGACCAUGUUAAUCGUUCGAUCUGUAUGGAUUUAUUGGUUACCGAAGCAAGAGAAAACUCAGGACGUCAAUUUGUUUUUCUCACGCCCCUUGGAUUGGAAAAGCAGCAGCUGAAUAAUAUGGAUGACCUAUCCAUCUUCAGAAUGGAUGAUCCUAACCGUCGGGAGUAAAGGAAGGAUCCCGUUUAAAUGUGAAAACUUACUUUUUGUUCCGUUACCCCCUUGUUUAAGACGAAUUCGUUAAAAUCCGUAUUAUGUUCGUGCGUCAACCUGGAACUUUUGAAAUAAACCAAGAAUUAAUGUUCAUUA